CGACUCCACGUAUAUCCAUCCAAAUUCUCCUGAGAUGCUGAAUAUCAGAUGGUAGCUUCUACAAAUGCAGCGCCAGAAAUAUUCAGUUACUGACCCAGUAACAGAUCGUCAUCGUUCCAUCCUUCCUGUGGACUCCUACGUUCUCGAAUUAUCCAGCCGUUUCGACUUCACCACCUUCCGCUAAUGUCUGAUCCAUGAUUUCACUAGCAUCCAGUUGAAUCGAUAACGUUUCUUCAGAUCUUAACUCCGCGACAAAUUAUGUUUUCAAGGAUUUAUAUUAACCAGCGUAAUCUCACAUUGAACAGCUUUCACAGAGGCAUUCGUGAUGAGAAUUUGAGAUCGUCUCGCGAGUGCCUCCCGAGAAGCGCAUGGUUGGUUCAGUCGUGUGCGAGCCUUUUUGUCGAUAGCAAGGCAGGCCGUAAGAUGCGUAAUUAAAGUGGGAAAAAUUGUAUCCGAAAUUUGUCACACGCAGGCGUCUGUGCAUGUGCGCGACAGAGAACGCACUGUAAACCCGGGCGUCGGCAAGAACUGCGAAAAGGGCAUGGAAAGCCCUCCGAGGUAUCCCUUGCCCCUCCCGCCCAGCAAAAGGCACACAGUGCCGGGAGCAAAGAUUGCCAAGGAAGGUCCUAUUCCAGGAUACACUGGCGUCAUUCCAGCGCUAAAGACUCACGUUCUUGGACAUGGCUUCUCUGACUCCAGUAGACGAGCUGCCGCCUUCACUGACUCGUUGCGUCGCAAAAAACCUGAGGAUGCCUACCAUCUGACCACUGAAAACAAAGUAGAGGGGCGAGAUUUCUUCUACGCCCAACUCGCCCACGUCGGAGAGGUGAAUGACCCAGCGCCUGUAAAAUGGCUGGCCAGCAAGCGGGAAACCCCAGAAGAGUUGAAAUACAUCAGCGGUCAGCUGGAUUACAGAACCGUCAGAGUAAAAACAGGGACCACGGAGAAAUACUGCCAGCCCGCGCCGCUGUCCAUGAGCAUGACGGUGCUGCCCUACACGAACGUGAAGAUUCAGACGAAGAAGACGUUCGAAGCGUUCCAGGACGACACGCUGGAGGUGAUGGAAGCGCGGCAUCAUCUCAAAGGCUACACGGGCCAUGUGCAUGCCCAGCAGCAUCUCUUCUCCCAAACCUUCGGCAAAACCACGCGGCGUCUACGCGGGUACCCACCCGAUCCCCAGACCUCCAAGGACUUCAUCGACUACGCCGAGAAUCGCCCUCUGUGCGUCAACGAAUUCGAGCUGAAGCAUCCCAUGAAAUUCCACCACAACCAGCUCCUCAAGACCGGUGAGGGCUCUCUAGGCCCUCUUCCCGACGGAGCACGCUGAUCGUCCACGCCAUCUUCGUCACGCACUUCAGCAGUUCUUCCUCCGUCGUCCCGGACCUGCCCCUCUGUCGGACUGCAACAUGAACGGAACCCAUCCCUGAUGCCUUUUUUUGGUAUAGGAAAGCAUAGAGUUGUUGGAGUGGAAUGAGCUUUUUCUUCUGAACAGCAGGUUGAUGAUCAACUAUGAGCCUGAAACAAUCAUUGCUCCGUUGAAAGCAGACACUCUCGUAAUUCUGUGGUUGUGACCUCCAUCAGCUUCAACUGGCCUCUAUUGGACUCGAUAAAACAAUUUGUGGUUGUGCUUACUAUUUUAAUGAAAGUGUUUCCUAUUUCGUAUA